AUGCUCACCAAAGCGCCUUCUCCACUAGCUGUUAUCCUCAUCCUCUUGCUAUUCGUCGUGUCCGGGACUUCCCAACAGGACCAUGACGAUGAUCAGGGCCAGGCUGUCCAACCUACGCCACCCGCCGACACGUCUGACGCCCAGCUCUCGUGGCAAUCCGCUUUUUGGGCCCUCGUGGCUGUCGCUCUGAACACUGUAACCCAGCCCUCGGGCCGCAUCGUCGGGUUUCCAUCGUCAUGGGGUCCUGCGCUGAAGUGUUCGCCUGUGUUUUGCAUCGUCAAUGCUAUCGAGGCCCUCAACUGCAUCCGCGUUCGCCAUGCCUUCGAAUGGACCCUCGUUGUCGCGCCGCACAAGUAUGACGUCGAUGAGAAAUCCGCACACCGUGACGUGGUUAACUUACAGCGCAACACGCUGAUUCGUGUCGUCACUUUCGUCCUCGGCCCUGUGCUGCAAGCGACGAAGCUCUAUGCCUGCCGAGGCAUCUUCUGGACACAGGUCUUGGCGGCCGUAUAUCUGGGAAGUUUCCUCUGUGACGAGGUCAUUUUGUGUCUCUUGUGGCUGACUGGGUCGACUGCCGGCCGGGAGGGCGUCACGGGACUCGUCGAGGCGAUACUCAGCCCUGCAGCACCUCCUUCGUCGCCAAGAACCGCAACAUUUGACGAUGACAUUCAAGAGCAAAAUGAAGCCACGAUGCAACAGGGCCUGGCUAUAAUCCUUUCUUUCUGGUUCCUACUCUGGUUUGCAGGCACUGCUGCUACUGGAAUUUGUGUCAAACACCCCAAUCUGGCGGCGUGGAUCAAAGUCGUGAAUGUCCUCCUGGGCGGACCAGCAUCCGCCAUCACCUUCGGUGUUCUUUCUUACAGGAAGAGCAGUGGAGUCUUACGAAUUCUCAAGGAUGGCGCCCUUGGUUUUGCUGUGCCUGUCUGGCUAUCUGGUGUCCUCGCCAACAUCAUAUGGAAUUGCACACCCAUGGUGGAGGUUAUGGAAAACGGGGUCGUCGCUUUCCACGCGAAUGCUCGCCCCAAGGACUGGACAUGGAAAGUCACGGGCGUGUUCUCGACAUUCGGGCUUGGCCUAUUGGCACGACACUUUCUCGCAAAUGUCGAUCGCCAUGGAGUGCCCAAACCGGUCAGGGUCACCUUGACAUUGUGGGCAGGUGCCCACCUGGCAACCGCGCUGGCAAUGUACAGCUUGGCUCACGAUCCUAGUCUUACCUUUAAACCAUCGUGGACGGACGUCUUGGGCUGA